AGAAAUUUUAAGGAGGCCUACCACCAUGGCUUCCACUAUAAUAUUGUUGUUCUGUAUUUCUUGUUUGGUACAGUUAUACAUAGAAGCGACUGACAUUUUAAAUAAAGUUUCUGAUUCCUGUUACAAACCCAUCCAGGAUGAUAGACCCAAGUUUGUGAGGACAUAUCCACGGCCGCAUGAAUAUGUAAAUGUCUCCGACCUCCCGAAGACUUGGGACUGGCGAAACAUUAACGGCAAGAACUAUGUUAGCAUCACCCGAAAUCAACAUAUUCCGCAAUACUGUGGUUCAUGUUGGGCCAUGGGUUCGACCAGCGCCCUUGCAGAUCGUAUUAACAUAAAGCGCAAAGGCGCCUGGCCCUCUGCAUACCUGUCAGUGCAGAACGUGAUUGACUGCGGCAGGGCAGGAUCUUGCUUCGGAGGUGAUCAUGUUGGGGUGUAUGCCUACGCCCACAAGAAAGGAAUUCCUGAUGAAACCUGCAACAAUUACCAAGCUAGAAACCAAAUGUGUGACACUUUCAAUCAAUGUGGGACAUGCACAUUCUUCGGGUCAUGUGACACUGUGAAGAACUACACCAUUUGGCGAGUUGGUGAUUAUGGGGAGGUGUCUGGACGAGACAAGAUGAAGGCAGAAAUCUACACAAAUGGACCAAUCAGCUGUGGCAUCAUGGCCACAUCGGGGUUAGAGGCCUACACUGGGGGUGUUUUUGCUGAAUUCCACCCCCUCUCCCUGAUGAAUCACAUUGUGUCCGUGGCCGGCUGGGGAGAGGCAGAGGACGGGACGGAAUACUGGGUGGUCAGGAACUCGUGGGGAGAGUUUUGGGGAGAGCAUGGCUGGGCCAGAAUUGUCACAAGUGCCUAUAAAAGAGGCAAAGGAAACUGGUACAACUUAGCAAUUGAGAAAAGCUGUGCCUUUGGGGAUCCAAUCCUGACAUAACAGACUAACAACAACAACAACAACAACAACACAUUGCAUUUACAUAGCACCUUUCUAGACACCCAAAGCUCUUCACAGUGAAGGAGGAACCUCACUAACCACCACCAAUGUGCAGCACCCACCUGGCUGAUGCACAGCAGCCAUUAUGCGUGAGGAAUGCUCCCCACACACCAGCUGGAGGUGGACUAACCCUCUCAUUUAGUUUGGUUUCACUUUGGAUGCCACAAGAUCUCUUGAUAAGCUGUUUUUUUAUCGGUGAGUGUGUAAAUGAGCGAGAGAAUGAGACUGCAUGUACUGUAAGAGAAAGAAACAGUAAGAAAGUUAUACAUUUAUGAGUAAGAAAUGAGUUAUGAGAAAUGAAGUGGUUAGGAGAAAGAUAUGAUAUAAAGGGGGCAGCCGUGACCUACUGGUUAACACUCUGGACCUGUAGCCGGAGGGUUGCCGUUUCGAGCCCCGACCAGUAGGCACGGCUCAAGUGCCCUUGAGCAAGGCACCUAACCCCUCACUGCUCCCCGAG